UGUGGUUGAGUUUGAAGCGCCGGGAGGCCGAGCUUGAGGUGAAGUGGUCGUGCUCGUUCUUCUGGCUGCUGACCAUUGUGUUAAAUGCUUAAUCCAUGCUUAGUCCUUGGAACAAUUCUAAUGAGUUUCAGAGAACUACCUAAGCAUUCAUGUAAGCAGGAAUCAAAAUAACCAGUGAUGUCUGGCACUGAGGAAAACUUGUGUCACCAUAUGAAAGUAGUUGUUCGUGUGCGUCCUGAGAACACAAAAGAAAAAGCAGUUGGAUUCCAUAAAGUGGUUCAUGUUGUGGAUAAACAUAUACUUGUUUUUGAUCCCAAACAAGAAGAAGUCAGUUUUUUCCAUAGAAAGAAAACUACAAAUUUUGAUAUUACAAAAAGACAAAAUAAAGAUCUGAAGUUUGUAUUUGAUGCUGUCUUUGAUGAAACAUCAACUCAAAUGGAAGUUUUUGAAAACACUACUAAGCCAAUUCUUCGUAGUUUUCUGAACGGAUAUAAUUGCACAGUACUUGCUUAUGGUGCCACUGGAGCUGGGAAGACGCACACAAUGUUAGGAUCCGCUGCUGAACCUGGCGUGAUGUACCUAACAAUGCUAGAUCUUUACAAAUCCAUGGAUGAGAUCAAAGAAGAGAAAGUAUGUAGCACUGCAGUUUCUUAUCUGGAGGUAUAUAAUGAACAGAUUCGUGACCUCUUAGUAAAUUCAGGACCACUUGCUGUCCGGGAAGAUGCCCAAAAAGGAGUUGUUGUUCAGGGUCUUACUUUACACCAGCCCAGAUCCUCAGAGGAAAUUUUACAGCUACUAGAUAAUGGAAACAAAAACAGAACCCAGCACCCCACCGACGUGAAUGCUACGUCUUCUCGUUCUCAUGCUGUUUUCCAGAUUUAUUUGCGACAACAGGACAAAACAGCAAGCAUUAAUCAAAAUGUCCGUAUUGCCAAAAUGUCUCUCAUAGACCUGGCAGGUUCUGAGCGGGCCAGUACUACGGGUAGUAAAGGGAUACGGUUUGUAGAAGGCACAAAUAUUAAUAGGUCCCUUUUAGCUCUUGGGAAUGUCAUCAAUGCCUUAGCUGAUACAAAGAGAAAGAAUCAGCAUGUGCCUUAUAGAAAUAGUAAGCUUACUCGCUUGUUGAAGGACUCUCUUGGAGGAAACUGUCAGACAAUAAUGAUAGCUGCUGUCAGUCCUUCCUCUUUAUUCUACGAUGACACGUAUAAUACUCUGAAGUAUGCUAAUCGUGCAAAAGACAUUAAAUCUUCUUUGAAGAGCAAUGUCCUCAAUCUCAACAGUCACAUAUCUCAGUAUGUAAAGAUCUGUAAUGAGCAGAAGGCAGAGAUUUUAAUGUUGAAAGAAAAACUAAAAGCCUAUGAAGAACAGAAAGCCUUCACUGAUAAAGAUGACAGUGCAAAAUUAAUGCUCUCAAACACCCAAGACAAAGAAAUUGAAAGAUUUCAAGAAAUUCUGAACUGCUUGUUCCAGAAUCGAGAAGAAAUCAGGCAAGAGUAUCUGAAGUUGGAAAUGCUACUUAAAGAAAAUGAGCUAAAGUCAUUCUAUCAACAACAGUGCCAUAGGCAAAUAGAAUUGAUAUGUUCUGAAGACAAAGUAGAAAAGGCCACUUGCAAACGAGAUCACAGACUUGAAAUAUUGAAAACUCGUCACUGCUACCUAGAGAAAAAGAAGGAAGAGGAGUUGAAGCAAUUUGAUGAGAACACUAAUUGGCUCCAUCAAGUGGAGAGUGAAAUGGAGCUCUUAGGCCAAAAUGGUCAUAUUCCAAAGGAACUCAAUAAAGAUCUUCAUUGUCACCAUUUACACCUCCAGAACAGGGAUCUGAAAGCACAGAUUAGACAUAUGAUGGAUCUAGCUUGUCUUCAAGAGCAACAACACAGGCAGACUGAGGCAGUAUUGAAUGCUUUACUUCCAACCCUAAGAAAACAAUAUUGCAGAUUAAAAGAAGCUGGCCUGUCAAAUGCUGCUUUUGAUUCUGACUUCAAAGAAAUUGAACAUUUGGUAGAGAGGAAAAAAGUGGUUGUUUGGGCUGACCAAACUAUAGAACAUCCCAACCAAAAUGAUCUCCCAGGAAUUUCUGUUCUUAUGACCUUUCCACAACUUGGGCCAAUUCAGCCAAUUCCUUGUUGCACAUCCUCAAGUGAACCUAACUUGUUUAAAAUGUCUCCACAAAAACGAACCCGGAGAAAAUUAAUGCCUUCACCCCUAAAAGUAAAACGUACUCAGAAGUCUACACUGUCAGAAAGUAUUCAACUUGAUGAUUCUCUAAGCAAAGAACUUCAGCCUAUUACGUAUACUCCAGAGGACUGCAGAAAGCCUUUCCAAAAUCUGUCUCCAGCCUUAAGACCUUCAUCACAUGCGGCAAGUUUUCAGGCCAACAACUCAAACAUAAACAAUGACAAUUCUCUGAAAAUGUUGUGUGAAGUAGAUUCUCCUUUUAAAAGGAAAACAAACUCUAAACAAGAGGAUUUGGACUGUACAUUUACUGUAUGUGAAGACAUCCGGAGCCUACAGAGUAAACUACCUGAACAGGAUUCAGUAUCAGACAACAGAAACAGUUUACAAAGGCUUGACCCUUCAUUCUCAGCUAAGGAUUCUUUGCCUGUAUCAAGUGUCCUGCCAUCCUACAUGGCAUUGACUGCCGCUGCCAAGAGGAGGCGGAAGUUGACAAGUUCUACAUCAAAUACUCCGUUAAUUGCUGAAGAAAAUCAUGGAUUUGCCAAACGCAUUCGACAGGAUAAUUCAAAUGAUAAGUUUUUACAAGAAAGCAGACCAACAGUGGGCUAUAAAAGAAACAUCUACAAAAUAAAUUCAAGGACAGUUAGAAAAUUUGCAAGAAAUGUUUCAAAAGAAAAUUUGCGAUGAGUCACUUAGAAAUGAAGGAGAAAAAAUGAAAUUGAUGCUCUGCUUUUCGAAGUGUUGCUGUCCUUUGCAAGUGUUUGCCAGGGUCCUCUCAGAAGUGCUUGAAGUCUGAAAGAAAGCCACCUGAAACUGUUUACUCAGACAUGUUCAGCAAAUUAAUAAUGAAACUUUUGUAUUUUAAAUAAAAUUUCAGCAGAGGUUAUGUUUCAUGUUUCUAAAAUAUUUGCUACUUUUGAAAAUCCCUAAGUCAGCAUAGAAUCAGUUUAAUUUUACUACAUAUACACCACAACUUGAGUAGGACAUUUUUUUAAAAUAAUGGAUUAAAUUUCUCUUAUAAUUUUCAAAAAUAAGAAAACUUUAGAAAGUCAUAAAAUUAUGGCCCAAGAUGAAUUUGGAAUUCUAGUGUAUGUUAAUACAUUGUUUUACUUGUGCAUGUGAUUUUCUUUUCUAAAACCUCAGUGUGAAAAUGUAGAUGUAUGUGUCCAUGAAGUUGUAAAUAUUGUUUAAAUGCCUGUCAUGAAUAAAAUUCUAGUAUUUUUUUCCUGAUUACUUGAUGUAUUAAAGAUGCAAAUUUUAAAGACUGA